AUGGAGAGAUUCUGCUCAUCCCUCAACCUGUGCCCAUCUGCAGGCAGCAUAGCUUACUGAUGGCCAACCUCACAGGUGGGCUGCUGGCAGGGGAGGCCUGUGAGGCCCCCAGGGCGGACACCCUCGAGGAGAGGGUGGACGGGAGGGAGCUGCCCGUGGCAGACAGGCACAGGAAGUGCCCCUCUGACAGGCCCCACGAGAAGCCCUUGGACAAGGAGCCCAAAGAGAAGAGGAAGGACAGGGGUGGCCCUGAAGCAGGCAGAGACAAGAAGGAGAAGGCCUUGGAGAAGCACAGAGAGAAGAGGGACAAGGACCGCAAGGACCGGGUCCUGGCCGAUGCCACCCAGGAGAGGCGAAGCAGACAGAUGCCAUUCGAGAAGGUGGAGAGGAAGCAUCCCGGGGAGGACAGGGCUAAGGGCAAGCACAAGGAGAAGCCGGACCGGGGGGCCUUGCGGGGCUCAGAGGCAGAGCGCAGCCUGCUGGAGCAGCUAGAGGAGGAGGCGCUGCAGGAGGGCAGGGAGGAGGCGCACGACAAGGCCAGCGAGGGCUCCUCCGACAGCUUUGCAGACUGGCCCCUGAAGGAGGCCCUGCCCGCCUCGCCCGGGACAGAGCAGAGCCAGCCCGCCGGGGUGCCCACUCCAACCUCGCUGGUGUCGGGUCCCAGCUACGAGGAGCUGCACACGCCCCGGACCCCGUCCUGCAGUGCCGAUGAUGACUACCCUGACCUGGUGUUCAACUGUACCGACACCCAGCACCCGCUGCCCACCACCAGCGCCUGCUCCCUGCUCUAUGACGGGUUUUCUGUGGCCUCAAGCAGGGCUUCAGAGCACCCGGGCUAGAUGCCCACGAGGCCCGUCCCCACAAACCUGUACCGCUUCAUCUCCAUGGACAUCAGGAGAACCCCUGAGGAGGAGUUCAGUGUGGGGGACAAGCUGUUCAGACAGAAGAGUGUUCCUGCCGCCCCCAGCUUCGACUCUCCUGGCCAGCACUUGAUGGAGGACAAGGCUGCCCUGCCACCUGUUCCAGCAGAGAAGUUUGCCUUCCUGUCCUCUGGCUACUACUCCCCUGACUAUGGCCUCUCCUCACCCAAAGCUGCCAUGGUCAGCAGUGCACCUUCCCCAGAGGCCUUGAUCCCUGGCCUACCAGCCAAGCCCUCCCCUGCCACUAGGGGCAACCACUUGGCCCCAGCCAUUGAGGGGGCCCUGCCCCCGGACAUGGGCCUUCCUCUGGAUGCCACAGAGGACCAGCAGGCCACAGCAGCCAUCAUCCAUCCGGAGCCCAGCUACCUGGAGCCCUUGGACGAGAGCCCCUUCAACGCUGUCAUCACCGAGGAGCUGGUGGAGUGGGCCCAUCCUGCCGUGGAGCAGGCCCUUUCCUCCACCUUGGUGGCCAGUGCCUCUGAAAACCCCGUCAGCUGGCCUGUGGGCUCCGACCUUCUGCUGAAGUCUCCACAGAGGUUCCCAGAGUCCCCCAAACACUUCUGUCCUGCAGAGACCCUGCAUAYCACUGUUCCAGGACCCUUCAGCACCUCAGAGCCCCUGAACCCCGUAUCCCCCAGCUCCUACCCCUUGCCAGCCACCGAACCGGGCCUGGAGGAGGUCAAAGACGAUGGGGUGGGAGCCAUCUCUGUGGCCGUCUCCACCACAGAAGGGGCCACUGCGUAUGCCACCCCUGCCAGACUGGAGUCUUUCUUCAGUGGCUGCAGGUCACUUCCUGAGGCACCCCUUGACGUGGCCCCUGAGCCCACGUKUGUCACCAUGGUGACCCAAGUGGAGGCUCUGGGGACCCUGGAAAGCAGCUUCCUGGACGGUGGCCACAGCCUGUCUGCCCUCAGCCAGGGCGAGCCAGUGCCCUGGCAUGACGCCUUCACCAGCCCUGAGGAUGACCUGGACCUGCGGCCCUUCUCGCUGCCCGAUCUCCCCCUCCAGCCCAAAGACUCCUAAGAUGUCCAGACUGAGCCCAUGGAAGGGAGUCCCAUCCCACCAGAGGAGAGCACCCCUGAGGCUGAGGGGCAGCCCAUACUGCCUCCUGACCAGGCCUCUGCCCCACUUCCCGCCGAGUCUGAGCCCUCAGAGGAGCCAAAGCUGGACGUGGUUCUCGAAGCCGCGGUAGAGGCAGAGACUGUGGCAGGCGAGAGGACCCCCGAGGACUUGGACUCUGGCUUGGCACUGGCCCCUGGCCCUCCCGAACAGUGUCCCCUGGGGGUCGGAGCUGAGGAGACCAAGACUGAGGACCCCUCCACCUCCCCAUCAUGACCCGACAGCCCUGCCACCGAUGGCACGACACAGACGCCUGACAGUGCUGAGGUCACCCCUGCUGCCAUCCCUGUGGAGGGGCCCCCAGGCAGCCUCUAGCCAGAAGCUACGGAUCCACAGCCCAAGCCCACCGCCAAGCCCCUGAAAGCCCCCAAGGUGGAGGAGGUCCCUCAGUGCAUGACCAGGAACCGUCAGAUGCUGGCCAGGCAGAGCAAGCAGAGCACACCUCCUACGGAUAAGGAGCCCGCCCCCAGGCCCACCCCAGCUGCCAGGGCCAAAGGCCGUGCCUCUGAGGAGGAGGAUGCCCAGGCCCAGCAACCCCGCAAGUGCCACUUCCAGUGCUCCACCCAGCCGCUGCAGUAGCAGCUGAACACAAGCACGCAGCAGACGCGGGAGGUCAUCCAGCAGGCGCUGGCCACCAUUGUGGACACCAUCAAGCUGGACGACAUUGAGCCCUACCACAGCGACAGGUCCAAUCCCUACUUGGAGUACCUCCAUAUCCGAAAGAAGAUUGAGGAGAAGCGCAAGAUCCUCUGCUACAUCAGGCCCCAGGCACCGCAGUGCUACGCCGAGUACGUCACCUACACUGGGUCCUACCUCCUGGACGGCAAGCCGCUCAGCAAGCUGCACAUCCCUGUGAUUGCACCCCCCCCUUCCCUGGCAGAGCCCCUGAAGGAGCUGUUCAAGCAGCAGGAGACGGCGGGAAAGCUGCGUCUACAGCACAGCAUCGAGUGGGAGAAGCUGAUUGUGUCGUGUGAUCAGGAGAUCCUGCGGGUGCAUUGCCGGGUGGCCAGGACCAUCGCCAACCAGGCAGUGCCUUUCAGUGCCUGCACGAUGCUGCUGGACUCUGAGGUCUACAACAUGCCUCUGGAGAGCCAGGGCGACGAGAACAAGUCCGUACGAGAUCGCUUCAACGUCCACCAAUUACCAGUGGGUUUGAGAUCUAUGCCCACCACCUCCCAGGAGGUGCAGGUUUAUGGACCCCUGACACAGUAUGACCACCUGCCCCUGCAGUGA